AUGUCCAAGGCUGCAACCGGACCAGUUGUCCUCUUCACCCUCCACCUGCUCCUGCUGCUGCUGCUCGGUGUUUCACCUCCGUGUCUGUGCGCGCAGCCCGGACAUCCAACGCGCUAUUUUGGCCAAAUACCCGAGAACUCUCCCGCGGGGACUCCGGUGGAUGGAGCGGUGAUCGCGGUCGGAGCCGCGGGCUGCCCAGGUGCGGACCUCAAUGCCAGCCUGAAGGGGGAUUACGCAUCGGACUUCAGGCUCGUUCACCGCCGCGGGCACCGCGACUACCACGGGUACGUGCGACUGGUCUCCGCCAAAACUCUGGACCGGGAAUUUAUAGCGAUGUAUGAGCUGUCGGUGGAGCUCCCGCCGCGCUGUCUGAGGAGACCAGCCCUGGUCCAGGUGGAGGUGUCAGACAAAAACGACAACAUCCCUCGGUUCACCGGUGGAAACAAGACUGUGGAAGUGGACCAGCUGACCCCUCUCGGGUCCGAGUUGGCGCGUUUUAACGCAAAGGACGGCGACGCAGAGAGGAACGGACGCGUAACCUUUUACGCAUCGCCCGAGUCUCACCUGCUCCACGUGGUUCCACAAACCGGACAAGUGAGACUCGUCGGGUCCCUCUUGGGGGUCAGCCAGGUGCAUCUACGCCUGUACGUGAAGGACGGCGGAGACGUGGCUCUGAUCGGCGAGCCGGUGUUCCUGUGCGUCAAGGUCCGCCGGUCCAGCAGGGCGCGGAGGAAGCCCCGGGCUCUGUCCGAGGAACUGACCUACACGGUCACCGUGCCGGAUCACGUCAGGGUCGGGGAUCUUGUGUUCACCGUGCCAGACCACAGGUUUGACCAGCGGUGGUUCGAGGUGGUGUCCGAAGCGGACUCGCCGGUCCAGAUCGAGCGGGACUCGGGGCGCCUGUACCUGGCGCGCAGCCUGCGGGAGCCGGUAGAGGUGGCGGUCAAGAUCCAGAACCUCCGAGGUGACGACUGGUACCUGUGCAGGCUGGCUCUGAGCACGCCCAGCCAGGCCGACCUGCUGUGGACCAUGUUUCCUUCGCUCUACCUGGGCGCCAUCGGUCCCGACGCCACACCCGGGUCCGUCGUGUACAGACUGUCGGCACGGCAACGGGACGGGUCGCUGGGACAAGCCCAGUUCCUCCUGAUGGAAGGUGGCGAGGACUGCUUCGAGGUGGACCGCCGCUCGGGCGAAAUCAGGACGACAGGACGACCUCUGACCCCAAGUAAGGAAUACUUGCUGCGGGUGCAGGCAGUGGACAGCCAAGGCCGCCAAGGCCCGCCAGCCACGGUGGCCAUCCUGGCCGGCUACCGCCCGCCGCAGUUCACCAACUCCACCUACAGCCUGAAUGUCCCGGAGAACACACCAGUGGGCCAAGCUGUCGCGGUGGUUCAGGCCAUUUCCUUCCAGAAGAAGAGCUUGUCCUACAUGCUUCUGGUGAAUCCUGGAAAUCUGUUCAGCAUCAACCAGGAGAGCGGCGCGCUCAGCCUCACCAGGACGGUGGACUACGAGAGCGGCCACAACCUCCACACGCUGCAGAUCCGGGCCUCUGAACCCGACACCGGCCUGAGCAGCGUGGCAGAGGUGAUCGUCCACAUAACGGAUGAGAACGACUGCACGCCAGAGUUCCUCCACUCCAUUUACACCAGAGACAACAUACCUGAGAGCGUCGCACCUGGAACGUCGCUGCUGCAAGUGCUGGCCCGGGACUGCGACUCGGGCGUGAACUCGGAGCUCACCUACUCCGUCCCCAGCGGCGACUUUGACAUAAGUGCGAGCGGCGUGGUCAGCCCCGCCCACCGCCUGGACUACGAGCGGCCCAAUCACAUCUAUGAAUUCGUGGUGGUGGCCGUGGACGCGGGGACAACCCCGCGCACGGGAACCGCCUCCGUCCGCAUCAGGGUCACCAACAGCAACGACGAAGCGCCCGUCUUCUCCCAGAGCACCUAUAAGACCUUCCUCAGUGAGGAUGCUGGUCCAGACACGCUGGUUGCCAUCGUCCAUGCCAACGACCCAGAUGGAGACGCCGUCUCGUACGCCAUCACUGGCGGCAACGAGGACAGCAAUUUCCUGCUGGACAAUCAGAAGGGUAUUAUCAAGCUGCGCCGGAGUCCUCCUCCUCGACUGAGGGGCCCUCAGUACGUCCUCAACAUCACCGCCACAGACGACAACGCGUCCGGCGGUCCAUAUCCCCUCAGCAGCUCGGCCCAGGUCAUCGUGGGAAUCAACGACAUCAACAACAACAAGCCCGUGUUUGAAGAGUGUCACAACUACAGUCUGAAUGCGGCGGUCCUGGAGAACCAGCCCCCGGGGACGUUCGUUCUGCGCGUCCAAGCUCACGACGCCGACAUGGGGGUCAACGGAGAGGUUAAAUAUGGCAUCAUGCAGAGAGACGGAGUUUCCUCUGGAUUUGACAUCGACACCGACACCGGUGUGAUCACCACCACGGCGAGCUUCGACCGGGAGCGUCAGAGGGAGUUCACGCUGUCGGUGACGGCCACCGACCAGGCCGAGGAGCCGCUCAUCGGAAUCUGUCAGAUCACCGUGCAGAUCGCAGACCAGAACGACAACGACCCCAAGUUCGAAAACAGCCGAUACCAGUACUUCCUGAGAGAGGACACUCCAGUGGGAACUAGCUUCCUGCGAGCGGCGGCGCACGAUGAUGACCAGGGGAGCAACGCCGCCAUCACCUACUCGCUGUCCAAUCAGAAACCGGCUUACCUGCACAUCAACCCCAGCACCGGCUGGGUGUAUGUCAACUACCCGAUUUCACAGACGUCCAGGAUCAACCAGAGGAUCGUGGCGUCAGAUGGAGGAAAUCGAAGCAGCUCCGUGGAGCUGACCGUCAUCAUCACCAACGUCCACAACCAGCCGCCGCACUGGGAGCAGUCCGAGUACUGGGUGACCGUGCCGGAAAACACCGUCCGGGACGCCAAGAUCGUGACCAUCAAGGCGACGUCUCCUCUGGGCGACCCUCGAGUGACCUACAACCUGGAGGAGGGCCAGGUGCCGGAGACCAACAUGCCCGUGCGCUUUUACAUCAAACCCAACCGGGCGGACGGCUCGGCGUCCAUCCUGGUGGCCGAGAACCUCGAUUACGAGACCACGCGCUUCUUCACGCUGAGGGUGCGCGUGCAGAACGUGGCUGCGGUGCCGCUCGCCUCCUUCACCACCGUCUACGUGAACGUAACGGAUGUGAACGACAACGUUCCUUUCUUCUUGUCGUCCACCUACGAGGCCACGGUCCCCGAGGGGGCUCAGAUCGGCACUUCGGUGGCUCAGGUUCUGGCUACGGAUCUGGACUCUGGUCUGCACGGCAUGGUUCACUAUGUGAUCCUGAGGGAUGAGAGCGGCGACUCUCAGUUCUUCAGCAUCGACUCGCGCUCCGGCGUCAUCUCCACCCGAGCCUCCUUCGAUCGGGAGCAGAAAGCUUCCUAUCUGAUCGAGGUGCAGUCGCAGGACGGCUCGGAGUCGGCCCGGCACGGCCAGCAGGGCCUGCCCAACACAGACACGGCCUACGUCAGGAUCUUCGUCACCGACGUCAACGACAACGCUCCAGCCUUCGCCCAGCCCGUCUACGAGGUGAGCGUGGAGGAAGACAAGGAGGUGGGCUUCGUCCUCAUCACCGUCACCGCCAACGACGAAGAUGAAGGCGCCAACGCCAAGCUGCGCUAUCAGAUCACGUCGGGAAACACCAUGGGCACCUUCGACGUUGAGCCUGAGGUGGGAACCAUUUUCGUGGCUCAGCCUCUCGACUACGAGAUGGAGCAGCGCUACGAGCUGCGGCUGGUCGCCUCCGACGGGAAGUGGGAGAACGAGACGCUGGUGGUGGUUCAGGUGGUCAACCGCAACGACGAGGCGCCCGUUUUCAGCCAGACCGAAUAUCAUGCCGCUGUAACGGAGGAGCUGACUCAGCUUCCUGUGUUCAUCCUGGAGGUUUCGGCCACAGAUCCAGAUCAGGAAGCGGACCAAACUGCUCUUCGCUACUUCCUCCACGGCCAGGGUGCUGGCGGCGAGUUCACCAUCGACGAACGCACCGGAAGAAUCUACGCUCAGCGUCGCCUGGACCGCGAGGAGCGGCCCGCCUGGAGGUUCCUCGUCCUCGCCACGGACGAGGGGGGCGCCGGGCUCACCGGAUUCGCCGACGUGCUUCUGGAAGUGCAAGACGUCAACGACAACGCGCCUUUCUUCCCGUGUCCCGCUCUGGAAGUCGACGGCUGUUUUGUUGGCCAAGUGCCUGAAAACUCUCCUGCGGACACCUCCGUGAUGGAGAUGCGCGCCAUGGACCUCGAUGACGCCAACGAGGGCAAGAAUGCCGUGCUCACCUACAGCAUCAUCAAGAACAUUCGCAACGAGAUCAACCUCAACCUGUUCUCCAUCAACGCCUCCACGGGGACCAUCUACACCGUGCUCCGUUCCCUCGACCGGGAGACAGAGGACCGGUAUCUGGUGGUGGUGGAGGCCCGGGACGGAGGGGAUCUGGCCGGCACCGGAACAGCCACAAUCAUGGUCUCAGAUGUGAACGACCAUCCGCCCGUCUUCACUCAGAGAGUCUACAACGCCCAGAUGGCCGAGGACCUCGAGGUGAACAGCGAGGUCCUCGUAGUUUCUGCCACGGACGGGGACGAGGGGGAGAACGCCGUAGUGACCUUCAGCAUCGUCGGCGGCGACGAGGACAGGAAGUUCUUUGUGGAGACGGACAAAGUGAACAGACGCGGCGUGGUAAAACUCAAGAAGGAGGUCGACUUUGAGAAGCCCCAUGAGAGGAUUUUCAACUUAACCCUGAAGGCUGAAGACGCAGACUUCUUCAGUCUGGCCUACUGUCUCGUUCAGGUAGAGGACGCCAACGAUCACGCGCCGGUUUUUUUCCCACAGUUCUACGAGUCACCGACUAUGUCUGAAGAUGUGCCUGUGGGGACGAUUGUUGCACAGGUUACAGCCUCAGACCUGGACUCUGGCCAAAAUGGACGUUUCACUUACAGCAUUUCCAAAGAAUCAGACCCUUACGGGCAGUUCCUGGUGGACCAGUCUGGAUGGGUGGUUGUAGCCGAUUCUUUGGACAGAGAGAAAAUCUCGCAGCACAGGAUCAUGGUUCUCGCAACAGAUGCUGGGACUCCGCCGCUGACUGGCACUGCCAUCGUCAUGGUAGCCAUACUGGAUGUAAACGACAACGGGCCGGAGUUCGAGGUGGCCUAUAAGCCCGUCGUCUGGGAGAACACAGCGGCUCCCCAGGUGGUGCGAAUGAACGAGACUUCUCUGCUGCUGUACGCCACGGACCGCGACACGUCCUCCAACGGCGGCCCGUUCUCCAUACGCCUCCUCCUGCUCACCUCGGACGCCACCAACUUCAAUUUGACGGACUUCCGUAACGGCAGCGCGUCCGUCACGGCCCUCCACACCUUCGAUCGCGAGCGGCAGAAGGAGUACCGCCUCCCUAUUCUCAUGAUUGACAGCGGCUCUCCUCCAAUGAGCUCCACCAGCACGCUGACCGUUGUCAUCGGCGACAGGAAUGACCAUCCACACUCACCUGGACACACAAACUUCAUUGUCUACAGUUAUGAAGGUAUUCUCCCGACGACAGUGCUCGGACAAGUUCAAUCCCCCGACCUUGAUGACUGGAGUGAGAAAGUGUACCGGUUUGAAGGCAAACCCAGCAGGUUGUUCGGUCUGAACCAGAGCUCCGGCCAGCUCAGUAUCAGGGAGGGAACUCCCCCCGGAUCGUACCGCCUGCAGGUGCGCGUCUCGGACCCCACCUGGCCCGAGGUCACGUCCACGGCCCAGGUGGACGUGGUGGAGCUGCCACAGGACGCCCUGCAGCACGCCGCCUCCAUCCGCCUGAGGAACCUGACGGUGGAGCAGUUUUUCAGCACUGCCAGCGGAGGUGAGGAAAGUCGUUUCUCACGCCUGGGUCUGAUGUUGGCAGAAAUCCUGCAGACUCUGCCAGAGAAAGUCCAGAUCUUCUCUGUGAGCAGCGCUGGCCGGCGGGGCGACAAGGCGCUCGAUGUGUGGUUCGCCGCCCACGGCUCGCCGUACUACAAGGCUGAGAAACUGCACGGCUACGUGUCGGCAAACAAAGCCAAGUUGGAGUCUGGGUUGGGCGUGCCCAUCGCUCAGGUGGGGGUGGACGACUGUCCCUUCACAGACUGCAGCCAUUCCGGAGGCUGCAGCACUGAGGUCUCCUUCGGCCAGGUCCCGGCGCCUCUGAGCUCCGGUAAUCUCUCCCUGGUGUCGCUGUCGGCCUCCUCCACGGCGCGGUGCGGCUGCAAAGGCAGAGAGGCGGCCCACCUGGCCUGCUCGGCUUACCCCACAAACCCAUGCCUCAACGGGGGCACCUGCCAGGACGGCCCCCUGGGAUACCGAUGUAAGUGCCCCCCCAUGUUCGACGGCCCCGAGUGCCAGCAGACGAAGCACAGCUUCGGAGGCCAGGGCUACGCCUGGUUCCCUCCCAUCAUGCCCUGCUUCCACAGCCACAUCUCUCUGGAGUUUCUGACCGAGACGGCCCACGGGCUGCUGCUCUACAACGGGCCGCUCGGCCACGCCCGCUCCGGAGAGCAGGAGGACUUCAUAGCACUAGAGUUGAGAAAUGGGGUUCCAGCUCUGAGUAUAAACCACGGAUCAGGGACCCUCACCCUGCAGCUCCCACCCAAAUCCAUCAUCACCGACCGACGCUGGCAUCGCCUGGAUAUCAUCAGUGACGGAAAGACUGUGCAGCUGAUCCUGGAUCAGUGUGGCGGUGUGUCUGUGAAUGAGCUGGAGGCUGUUGGAGGCGACGCCCGGGAGACGGACAAGUCAGGCUGCAGAGCAGCCGGAGAGACGCCUGGAAACCAGCGGUCCCUGAAUGUGUUUCAGCCUCUCCAGCUGGGCGGUGUGAAGGAAAUGUCCUCCCACCGACAGUACCGCAGCUUCACCGGCUGCAUUCGCAACCUGGUUGUGGACAGUCAGGUGUACGAUCUGGCGUCUCCAGGUGAGAGCGUUGACAGCAGCGCCGGCUGCAGGCUGACCGACGGGGUGUGUGUGACGGCGGCCGGCCCUUCGUGUGGCGUGCACGCCUCCUGCCUGGCAGACUGGGGCUCCUUCAGCUGCGAGUGCCACCCCGGAUACACCGGGCACAAAUGUGACAAAGCAGUGCCAGAGUUUUCCUUCAGCUCGGGCAGCGUGGUGCGUUUCCAGCUCAGAGGGGGAGGCAGCUCCCGACGCACCAACGUCCAGCUGCUCCUCCGGACCAGGGCCUCCGCGGGGACCCUGCUCUCCAUGAUGUCCCGGGAGGCCAGCGAGUACAUCGCCCUGGAGAUCGUGGAGGGUCACAUCGCGGUGCGGGCCGUCCUCAGGGACGCUCCUCAGUCUCUGCGUCUGGACGCGCAGCGCGUCGACAUCGGGCAGUGGGUCCUGGUCAGUCUCGGUCGCCAUGACAACACGUUCACCUUGCGGGUGGAGAACGGCGGGGGCUCGCGGGAGGUCCAGGCUCGUCUGGGCAGCGGGAAGGACAUGCUGGUCCAGCCGGGCAGCGUUAUGGUGGGCAACGGGCCAAACGGCGACGAGAAGGCCGACUUCCAGGGCUGCCUGAGGGACGUUCGUUUCAACGGCCAGGUCCUCCCUCUGGACGGGCAGAGCCGGGACAUGGUGACGGUUCUGGAGAGGAGGGGGGUCUCCUCGGGCUGCUCCAGCGACGCCUGCAGCGGCCAGCCGUGCCGCAGCCCGCUGCGAUGCAUCGACCUGUGGAGGAAACACCAGUGCAAGUGCCCCGGCGGUCAGGUGACGGUGACGGACGACUCCGGGCAGCAGCGCUGCCUGCCCUCGCCGUGCGGACCCUCUUCCUGCCGCAACGGCGGCGUCUGCCAGGCGCUCUCGCCCGACAAUUACCGGUGCCGCUGUCAGGAGGGCUUCAGGGGUCAGCGCUGCGAGCUGGGGCAGGUCAAAGGUCACCGGCUGGCUGCCCUCAGCCCCAGCUCCAUCCUGGCCAUCAGCAUGUGCCUGCUCGUCUUCUUCGCGGUGCUGGUGGCGGUGACGGUGUGGAAUCAAAAAGGCAGCCGAAACAAGUUCAGGAAGCGAGGAGUUUACCACAUCCCCGCUGAACACGAGAGCUGGGAGGACAUCCGAGAAAACAUCCUCAACUACAACGAGGAGGGAGGCGGAGAGCAGGACCAGAAUGGUUACGACAUCACGGAGCUGAAGCGUCCGCUCUGCUCCAGUCUGUCCCAGUCGUCGUCCUGCACCACCGCCCCGCUCAUCAAGUCGUCCCCGGGCUCCCAGGAGGAGGUGCACCCGUCCGGGUCCUCCUGCAGCUCGGGGGCCCCCUACCUCAGCAUCCCGCAUCACCACCAUCACCACCAUCAGCACGCCGCCAGUUACGGCGGCGAUGCCGCCUACGCCAACUUCGCCUCCGGCGCGGCCCAGGGGGCGGAGCCGGGCGAGGCGGGCGGCUACGGCGACGCCCCGCCCGGCUCGCGCUCCCACGUGGACUUCAAGAGCUACGUGGCCAGAAUCAUCUGGGAGGCGGACAACGACAGCGAGGCUUUCCCGCCGGACGCCUACCACGUGUGGUGCGUGGAGGGCUCGGGGUCGCUGGCGGGGAGCCUCAGCUCGCUGGGGUCGGCCGCCUCCCGGAGAAACGCCUCGAGGCCGGAGGAGGCAGCAGCGGAGGAGGAAGAGGAGGAGGAUGACGAAGGGGGGUUUGUUCCCGACCGGCUGUCCCGCUGGGGCCCCAAAUUCCAGACCCUGAGUGAGAUGUACGACCGGCCCCAGCUGGCCCUCACGUACAUGGACGCAGUGGCGUACAUACAGAGCAGCCACGGCCACGAGCCUCUGCCUCAGCACCACUAGGGGGCGCUCCACAACGCCAUCAACACAUGGACAGGGAGGAGACGCUGCGCUCACAUCAA